GCGCGCUGGGGUGUUAUCGUCAGGCGUCAUGUCUCCUGUCUCCGGCCCGGAGCUGGAGGCCGCGGCUCCGGUGUCAGGCCCUGCGGGCAGGGAUGUGACAGGCUGAUGCUGAGGGAGAAGCCCAGAAAUUAUUCCAGCGCCGCGUGUACAGUCUUGCUCUUCAUCUUCCGCAAAAUGGCAGCGCGGAAACGGAAAGCAGCCCCCAGUGCGGAGCGAGGGUCAUCCCAGCAACAACGUGGCUCAACAAGAGAUGGACCUUCAACCAAAAAGCAACGUUUGGAAAAAAUGACAUCACCACGUCAACUUAGAGGGUUUACAAAGCAGUCAGCAGCUCAAUCACAUCGGGUAUCCACUAAAAAAGAAGCACUGAAAUUGCGUAGAGGAACUGUUAAAGCGAACAGAUCAUCAGCAAAAAAAACUGCAAAACUCAAGGGAAAAGGCACAAAGAUGAUCAUUAAAAAAAAUGAAAGAGUGGCUCCUUUGAAGAAGAAGAAAUCUAUGAAACCUUUACUUAAAAAAGGUGCAUUACUGAAGUCUUCCCAUCAGAAGAAAACUGUAGUUGCUCCAAUAUCAAAGAGGAGAUCUUGCAAAGUACUGCCUGAAAGGAAAACCACAAAAAAGCAAAAGAGUGGCAAAACUGUACAUAAACCAAUGCCAGUGAAGGUUUCACAGAAGUUGCUUCAGAGUAAUAGAACUUCGCAAUCACGAUUUACACAAAAAAAUAUUUGUAUUCCCAAAGAGGCCACCUUUAAAAAACUUCCUUUAAGAACGUCCUCAAAAGCUUGUUCUCGGAAAAAAGUUCCACAAAAGACGAGUAAAUUGUCUAAAACAAAAUCGCUUCAAACUGUUGGAAGUUCUGUAAGAACUAUAACAAACACAUCACAUACAACUAAGAAAAACCUGAAAGUCCAACCGAAGUCUGCUAUGAACGUUUCCAAAAUGAAACCUACAAAGAAAGAUGUAAAGUCUUUGCCAGUAACUGCUAGGAGCUCUAAGAAGCAGCCUGUCAAAAAAGCUGUUAAAUCUUUGUCAUGCAAGAGUAAUCGUACGAACCAAUUAACCUCACAUAAAGCUAUUAAAACUCUUGUAAAUAAAGUUUCUUCUAAGAAAAUUUCUGUGAAGACACACAUUGGUACAAAAUCUGUAAAGAAGCUUCAACAAACAAAGACAGUGAGGUUAAAAUCAUCACUACAUCACCUUACAGGUAAGGAUAAAGUUGAGACUGAUGCUGUAAGACCUCAAACUAAAUCUGAUCAAAAGCAUACAAAAGAAAAUGUUCAACAGGUAGUAAAAUCCAAGUUAAGAUCCACAAAUAAGCAAAUGCUGAAUGAAAGACUGACUAGGUCAUCCCAGAGACUCAACCUGAAUCCUUUAUCAACAAAAUCCUCCUUUUCCACAGACAACAAGCCGAGUACAUUUCCCGCUCAAAGGAAACCGAGAAAAAGAGCACUAAGUGAUUUAUGUCCUAAAACUCCUGAAAAUAGUUUGCCUAUGCAAAAACUAAUUAAAGUAGAAAGUAAGCUUGGAAGAAUUAAGCAGGAAAAAGUUAUAAAAACUCCAAAAGAGAAGGAUUCAAAACCUGCAGGAACAAAAGUGGCUGGUAAGCUUGGGAGGAAAGCUUCAGCAGCAAAAGUUACAACUCCCAAAGAAAAAAACUCAAAUAUUGCAGAGGCAAAAGCAUGUAUUGCACAUGAAAGAAAAACUAAUCUGGAAAAAAACAAAAAAACUCCUGUUGAUAAAACUUCAAUAGCUUCAGAAGCUCCUCAAGGAAAAUCUAAACCCGGUAAGCCAGUUCCUCAGGACCAUUCUGAAACACAAAUCGAAAGAGGUGCUUCACAUACAACAUUACGAGGAAAUGGGAAAAAAAUUGAAGGUCAGGAUCAGAAAUUGGCCACAACAACAAAUUACAAUAACAAAGCUAUUAAAGGAAAAAGUGGAGUGAAAUCACCUACUGAAAAGAAACAAAACAAAGCUCUGAAUAAUGCUCCACAGAAUAAGAAAAAGUUAAAUAAUUCUGUGAAAGGACACCAACAAUGUUCAAAACGAUCUCGAGAAACUAUUCAUAAAGCUAAUAAUGCCAUUUCUAGCCCAAAAGCAGGCAUGGAGAUUCCAUGUCUGCAAACUGACGAUAAUGUCAAGUGUAAGCGUCAAAGUAUUCUUGAGCUGUGUGAAGAAAUUGCAGAAGAGAUAGCUUCUGACACUCUUGAUCUUUCAGUGAAAAAGGAGCCUGCAAAGAUAGAAGAUGUAAAUAUCCAAAAAGAACCAGAAACCAUAGCGACUGAAGCUAUUGAGAAAACAAAGCGGGCAAAGCCAAUUUAUUCCAGCCUAAACAGAUUCCAGUUUUCAGGACAAAAAUGUGUAAAACGUAAACUGAUUGAACAUCAUAAAUACAUAACUACAAAAUAUAGUUUACAAAAAGGAGGAAACAGUUGGACUAGAAUUAGGCAAAUUAAAACUGAUCAAAAAAAAUUAACUGCCAUCAAUUCCACCUAUAACAAGUUUAGAAAUUUGCAGGUUAGGCAAGCAGUUUCACAAGUAGUUGUUCGAACAAUUAGGAAGGUAGAGAAAGCGAAACUGCCAAAUGGGGUGCCUGUACAGACCAAAGAAGAAAAUGUUAUCACACACGAGCAACAUAAAUCGAAAGCUAUUGCUUCUCAAAUGGAAGUUGGAAAAUCCACUAAUAUUGAUCGAAAAUCAUCUGAAAGCAGUACACCUGAAGAAAUAAAAAAUUUAGUAAAACUAUUUGAGAGAAAAGAGGAUGAGGCAGAGAUGCCAAAAAUGGAAACCGAAUCUGAAGUCGACGAGAGUUUUACGUUACAUUUGGAGUCGAGCCCUGAAUGCAGUCCAGAAAAGGGCAGCAUCACAGCGUUACCGUUGAAACCAGUUAAGAAGCAAUUGGAAAAUGAGUCAGAAGGAUCAUUACUGAAGGAAACUGUACGGACUCUCUUCAGUAAUCCAGAUUCAUCGAAGAUGAAUAAUGAAAGUGUAUCUUUGUCUAAUCAGCCAACCGUAGCGAAGAACACUGUAGAUUCUCUUGAACUUUCUGUACCGAAAGAAACCAAACCAAUUACCAAUGCAGAAGGAGGUGGGCUUCAACAACCAAACAUUGAUGCUGGACAGAAAAGGAUUGGAGCUAUUUCUUGCACUACAUGUGGAAUGUUGUAUGCAGCUUCUAUUCCAGAAGAUGAAGCCCAGCACUUUCAGUUUCACAAACGUUUUAUUAGUGCUGUAAAAUACGUGGGCUGGAAGAAGGAGAGAAUUUUAGGUGAAUACCCUGAUGGUAAAAUAAUAAUGGUUCUUCCUGAUGAUCCAAAAUAUGCCCUGAAAAAGGUUGAAGAGAUUCGAGAAGUGGUUGAUAAUGACCUUGGGUUUCACCAGGCAGAACUGAAGUGUCCUUCCAGGACAAAGACGCUUCUUUUCAUCUCUAAUGAUAGAAAAGUAGUUGGCUGUUUAAUUGCAGAACAUAUACAGCAGGGCUUCAGAGUUAUAGCAGAUAAAGCCACUCAGCAAUCGUCGAAUGAUGCAAUUAUGCUCGAACGCCAGCGAGCAUGGUGUUGUUCAAUCAAUCCAGAGCCUGCAAUCUGUGGAAUAAGUAGGGUAUGGGUCUUCAGUAUGAUGCGGCGGAAAGCAAUUGCUACACGAAUGACUGACUGCCUUAGGAGCAAUUUCGUAUAUGGAUCGUAUUUGAGUAAAGAUGAGAUUGCAUUCUCGGAUCCUACUCCAGAUGGUAAACUCUUUGCAACACAGUAUUGUGGAACACCAAGGUUUCUUGUGUACAACUUUGUCAGCUAACCUCACGCAAAUUGAUAUGAGACUUCGCAAUUACCAGUGAAGAUGUCUUAAUACACCUUGGACAACUGCUAUACUUGUGUAUGAGCUGUUCACAAUGUAGCUCAUUGUUUUGGGAACGGAGCUGUAGAAACUGUACUGGUUUUUAUUACUGUGAACUCAGGACCGAUGGCAACCAAAUGGUUGUUUCAUAUUUUAGAAAACUGGAAAGGAUGCAGUAACAUUUGACAUUGUUUGUAUUUUAAAACUGAAAUAGUUUUAACUCUUUUCAGAAAAGCAUGCCUUUUAGUUCAGUCAUGCUUACAGAUUUUAGAAUGUUUUAUGUAAGGCCUGGAAAAUGGUUAACUAAAAAUGUUGAAAACUUGUUACACAAUGUAUAUAAAAUAUGCUAUAAAAUUAAGACAAUUAGUGUUGGUGUUUCUAAAACUGCUCUAGGCCUUCUUGGUCUGUAUAUACUGUACAGUGAACAAACAGCUUUGAAUGUUCUUGUUUUUGAGAAUUAAGUGAGUGGUCUGAUAGCUGGGUUAUUGUGAAAGAUGUUACUGGAACUUUCCUAGUUUCUUCCAGGGGUAUCAGACUGCUGCGCUAAAAGCAACACUGCUUUUGGGGUUAUCUGAUCAGUUAAUAUAUUUUGUCAAACUAUUAAAAUCUUGCUAUUGGUUUUGCUCUGGGAAUAUACAGUUGUCAGUGUUCAAAAUGUAAUACCUCAUUUAAUAUUGAUGUUAAACCACUGCAAUAUUUGGUGUCCAAGAUAAAAAUUGGCACCUUGUAUUAAUGUCUUGACUCUUGGUUUUGAAGAUUUGUUAAAUCUACCUAGAGUAGCUUAUAUGAAUCUGAUUGUGCCUUUUUCAGUGUAGGUCAGACUUUGGGAUUGAAUGCAAUGGUUUUAACUAGUUUAACUCAAUUGGAUAACUAAAAUAGCUUUCAUAGGUUUAUUUCAAAACUUUUAAGGGAGAACCAGUCAAUUCAAUAUAUCUGUAAGCAAACUCCAUUUCUGCAAAAAUAAACAUGGAUUCAAAGGCUAUUACCAACCUCAGUGGUAAAUUCCAAAAUAAAAUUCAGACUCUUGUAUUUCUUGCCACUGCUUUCAAAAGCUCCAAAUUUGGUUUUAUUUGAUCUGUUUUGUUGAGAGUCUACAUUUUUAUUUGAGGUGGAGAGAACAAUUAGAUCUGAAAGUGAGAAGCUGAUCUCUUUGAAUUUCUGUAAUGCUAGUGAUUAACGUUUUCACCAGAACUAAACAGUCCUAAACAAAAUUAUGUCUUAGAAAGUGAGUAACAAAUCUAGCAUGGAAAUGUCUGGUUAUCUUGACCAUUGUGCUUGUAGUAGGAUCAUUUGAUGGUUUUAAAAAUUAUAAAAUUCAGAGUAUGUUUCCCAGUAAGAGUAAAAUUGAAAUGCUCUACAAGCAAGGUCUAAUUUGUAAAUUCAGUUUCGUAUUCCUAAACCUAAUGCGCUUUCUACUUCUUGAAAUGUUUUUAAAAUAUAUUAAUCAAAGACAGUAACCUGCUGAUAGGAAUAGUUGGGAUGUUUCUCUGCAUUAAGAUUGUGCAAGAAUUUAAUUGAGCCAUUGUAAUUCUUUGGAGGCCUCUGGUUUAAGCCAUAUUAUGCAGAAUCCCAAGGUAUUGAAUGAAUGACUCCUGGACUGUUCACAUUUAUGUACCUUUCUUAACCUGGGUCACUUGGAGAUAAGAAGUAAAACAUUCAUGUGUUGCUUGAAGUUGAGAUGAUUUUUGUUUCCAGUUAUGAUUAAGUAUUUUAAAUUAAAAAUAUUAUUUUAAGUAUCAUUUUAUUGUUAAGUUUAAUUUUUAGCACAAUGUGUUUGAAGUGGAAAUUAGCUAUAUAUGACUUUGGGUUUUAAGAACAUUUUAGUGCUAAAGGUUUUUAAUAUCGGCUGCUUUUUAUUAAAAACACUUACCCUAUUUACAUUAUUCCAAAACCUGAAAAUACAAUUAAUUUUAAUCAGCAACCUACAACAGUAGAACAAACUCUAGAACCGAUCAUAUACCCAGUCAUUUUUUCAGUCGCCCGAGUUCAGAAUGGUUAAAGUUUACCUCGUGUAAUAUAAUUAUUUGUAAAUAGGUAUAGAAUUGUCAAGUAGGAAACAGUGGGAUGCAGAAAGUUCACGAAGUGCAAAAGAUGUAAUUGUAAAGCUGAAGGAUGGUUAGACUACAUCUUGUUAUCUCUUGUGUAUUGCCUUUCAGUAUCCCACUGCUCCCAAGGUGGUAAUUCUGUUUAUACCAUAAUGGUACAAUAAGAAAAUGUUUUUUUAUGAACAGUGAAAUGCUGGUGAAUGUCAUGUGGCCUGAGGUCACGUGCUGUUAUCAACAUUGCUUACAGGUUAUAAAAUAACCCUCUGCAACUCAGACAUAUGUGGUAUGAAUUUAUACAUGAUACUGUAUAUACCAGUUUAGAUUUAUUUUGAUUGGGAGGAGGCUAAAAUUGUUAAUGUCAUGAUCACUCCCUCUAGUACAAGAUAUGCACUAGAUAUUAAAUGGACCAAAUGCAGAUGGGUUGAAACUAACUUUCUGGUCUGACUUUAUCUUUAACUCAAACUAUUUAAAAGUAAAUCAUAUGAGCUAUAUUUGCAUUUAAAGGAUUGCAAACGGGUAACUUGAAAAUCCUACGAUUUUAAGACACUGUGUACAACUGAGUACUAACAAUGUUUGAAAAAAUAAACUUACCUUUUUUAGUGAAUACAUUAAUUUUAUAUCUGUCUUUUAUGAACUAAUUUUGCAAGUUACUGCAGAUUGUUUAACAAUUUGUUUUAGUGGAAAAAUACAGCUCCCUCAAGUUUUAACGGAUACCACUCUUGUUUGUUUGUUAUCUUGGUCAACUUUAUCUUGUGAUUUGUCCACAUGCCUGUUGUGUGUUUUUUCUGAAAGGAAAUGACAAUUGCUAAUGCAUCCCAUUGGAAGAUAUGCGAUGCCAUGUGUAUUUUGUUCUUGUUUAAAAUACCUUGUAACUAGGAAAAUGUUGAGUUUAAAUUAUAAAUGACUUUGUUAAUACAAUAAAUUUGAUUUGUUGGAGGGCUAA